AUGGUUCGCAUAAUCCUCCCCUCGGCCCUCUUCAUGGCCAGCCUCGCCGCCGCCGCCAUCUCCGUCGACGGCAGCUGCGGCGGCACCGUCGGCAACACGUGCCAGGGCAGCACCUUUGGCAACUGCUGCUCGGCCUACGGCUGGUGCGGCAGCACGGACGUGUUCUGCGGCGCCGGCUGCCAGGACACGUUUGGCACCUGCAACGCCCCGUCCGCCUCCACCAGCAACGUCAGCACCGACGGCAGCUGCGGCAACGCCGGCGGCAAGACGUGUCAGGGCAGCGCUUUUGGAAACUGCUGCUCCGCCCACGGCUGGUGCGGCAGCACCGAUGCCUUUUGCGGCGCCGGCUGCCAGGACAUCUUUGGCUCCUGCACCGCCCCGUCCGCCACCACCACCAACGUCUCCCAGGAUGGUAGCUGUGGCAAGGACCACGGCGGCCAGACCUGCGCGGGAAGUGUGUUUGGUACCUGCUGCAGUGCUUAUGGCUACUGUGGAACUGGUGCGGACUACUGUGGCGAGGGCUGUGAUGCUGCUUUUGGUGCUUGCACUGGUGCUGCUUCUGCUUCGUCUGUUUCAUCUGUGCAGUCGUCGACUCAGUCGUCGUCGUCUACUUCGGCUUCCGCUUCUGUUCAGGCGACUUCGGGUUCUGCCUCGGUUGAUGCUACCACGGCUGUGAGCUCGACUGCUGUGUCGACUUCUGAUGCUACCACGGUUGUGAGCUCCACUGCUGUGUCGACUUCUGAUGCUACCACGGUUGUGAGCUCCACUGCUGAUUCCACCACAGUUAUGAGCUCGACUGCCGAUCCCACCACGGCUUUGAGCUCGACUGUUGAUUCCACCACGGUUGUAAGCUCGACUUUGACGUCUGAUUCGGCUACCUCUUCUACUUCGUCUUCAUCUUCAUCGACGUCUUCUUCUUUGACCUCGUCUUCUUCGUCGACCUCAUCGUCUUCUUCAAGCUCGUCGUCCGUUUCCACCGUAGUGGCGCAACAAACUACAUUGAGCACCAGCACCAUCACCCCUACCAGCUCCUCCAGCAGCAGCUCAAGCACCAGCACUUCUUCCAGCUCAAGCACCAGAAGCAGCACCAGCACCAGCAGCUCUACUUCCAGGACUUCCACGUCCACCUCGGCUACUAGCACGUCCAAGACUUCUACUUCGUCCACUUCUACCUCCAAGACCACGAGCACUACCAAGACGACUUCGACCACCUCCUCGGCAGCUCCUUCAUCGACCGUCAAGAUCAGCACCGACAACACCUGUGGCAGCACCAAUGGAUUCACCUGCCCUGGAACCCAGUGCUGCUCCCAGAACGGCUCCUGCGGCACGAGCGACUCCUUCUGCAGCUUUGGAUGCCAGACCGGGUUCGGCACAUGCACCACCUGCCCGGGACCCGCAUGCAGCGGCACCGUCACCAGGUCGGCGACCUGCGUCGCCGACAACAACAAGUGCUACGUGCAGAACAACAAGAAGUUCUUCAUCGACUGCACGGGCAAGCCGGCGACGGGCGACGUCAUCGGCUCCGACAAGGCCACGACCCUCGACGGCUGCAUCAUCGCGUGCUCCAAGAACGACAAGUGCGUCGCCGCAAGCUUGUCCACGACAGGCCCCACGCCCUCCUGCCAGCUGCUCGGCUCGUACAAGGGCAGGAGCACGGUCUCUAGCGCUUCUGGAUCGUUGGCGUAUGUCAAGCCUAGCAAUUGCAGCUAAGUAAAAAAAGAAAAUGAAGUUAAAAAGUUGGUUGAGGUCCUGUUUUGUGGGUGAAUGGAGGGUAUGGGAAGUAAACAAAAUGGAUAAAGAAAGGGUGGUUUUGGUGGAUGCUUGGCUUAUAGACGGUAAAGUGUAGA